AAGCAUUGUUAAUUAUACAUGAUUGGUGACAUCGUAGAAACUAAACAAUGCCAACUAAAAGAUGUCAUGGAUUUGUUUCGUUCUGGGCAAGUUGUAAAAGUAUGUGCCCCUAUGGUCCGCUAUUCAAAGUUGGCUUUCAGAACCUUGGUUAGGAAAUACAGUUGCGAUUUGUGUUACACACCAAUGAUAGUGGCAGCUGAUUUUGUGAGAUCUGCAAAAGCUAGAGACAGCGAGUUCACAACAAACAAAGGUGAUCAUCCACUGAUUGUUCAAUUUGCUGCUAAAGAAGCACAGGUUUUGUGUGAUGCUGCCCGUAUCGUCUGUCCUUUUGCAGAUGGAAUAGACCUAAACUGUGGCUGUCCUCAGAGAUGGGCGAUGGCAGAAGGUUAUGGUGCUUGCUUAAUAAAUAAACCAGAACUAGUUCGAGAUAUGGUGAGACAUGUACGGAAUCAGAUUGACAACCCUAGGUUUUCAGUAUCUAUUAAAAUAAGGAUCCAUGAGGACUUAAAAAGAACAGUUGACCUGUGUCAAAAAGCUGAAGCAACUGGAGUUUCAUGGAUUACAGUACACGGGAGAAGUGUAGAAGAAAGACAUCAGCCUGUACAUUAUGAUGCAAUUAAAAUAAUUAAACAAAGCAUGUCUAUACCUAUUGUGGCUAAUGGAGACAUUAAAACUUUAGAAGAUGCUGAAAAUGUUCAUCACUUGACAGGAGCAGAUGGUAUAAUGGUGGCUCGAGGACUCUUAGCAAAUCCGGCUAUGUUUGCAGGAUAUGAAGAGACACCUUUGAGGUGCAUCCAGGACUGGGUUGACAUUGCUCUUGAGCAUGGAACUCCUUUUACGUGUUUUCACCACCACUUAAUGUACAUGAUGGAACGGAUAACUUCAAAACAAGAAAAAAAAGUUUUUAAUGUUUUAUCAAGUACCUCAGCCGUACUAGAUUAUCUGAAUGACCAUUAUGGUGUGUGAUAACUGAAAGUAUUUUAGUUGUACGUAAACUUGUAUCUUGCAAUUGUCGA